CAAAGAGGGAGGCGGGGGUGAAGAGAGAGAAAGGCUAGAGAGGAAAACAUGGGCGCUUUUUUACCGGCGCGGGGAAGGAGGGAUCGUUGACACGCUGCCUGGAGUGGGGAUCCCGGCGUUGUAAAUAAAUGGUCUUCAGAGGCGGAGAAGAAUGGUUCACGCCUGGCGUACAGAAUCCAGAAGAUUGCAGAAGAAGCCCACCAGAAGAAGAGGAAACUGGGAUCUGUAUUUGUCUGUCAUGGUGUAAAGCUGCUUGAGGAAAGACAAUGAGCAGAGGAGCAGUAGUAACAGAAUCCAUUGGAGACGACAAAAUGAGUGGACUUUGCCAGGAGCUGUUAUUACCUGACUCAGGAAUUGCAGUGAAUGAAGACAGCCAUGAAAAUCUACCAGUGGGACAGAGUUUGCUCUUAACAGAGGCUUCUGUUGUAGGUACAGAAACGGGUGAUGUUGAAAUAUUUGUAGAAGCCAUGAGUAGCACCAUGGCUCUCAGCAAUCCGGGUAACCCUACAGAGGUCUUAGUCAAAGUUGUGGAACUCUAUUUUUGUGAACAGUGUGGACGAAGCUUCCCUGAUCCCAGCCUUCUUUCCCAACAUCAGUGUGGAGAACAAUCAACUGUUGGUCAGGUGGAAGGGCAGAACUUUCUGGAUGAAAGCAGACAAGACCCUCAAUUCUGCACUGAACCUCUCCCAUGUCCUAUAUGUCAGGUGGAAUUUGCACUGCCUACUGAGUUGAAAGAGCACUUUAAGGAACACCACAAACCCCAGGGUGCCCAAGCCUGUCCUGAGGAAGGCUGUCAAUAUAGUUCAGAGGAUCGCAAGGAGCUCCGAGGGCAUCUUCGGCAUGUUCACCAAGUAUCACCAAUAGCCUGUACGUACCGUGGCUGCCCGGUUUUGUUCCGAAACCAUGAGGACAUGGAGCUUCAUCGUAGGAACCACUUCCCAUUCCAUUGUGAUCACUGUGACUUUAUCAGUUCAAACAUCAAGCAGUUUGGCCUACACAGGCAGAUCCAUCUCCAUGAAGCUAUACAGCAGGAGGACAUAGAGAUGGUUGCUGAAAACGUGGAGGGCAAAUUCCCUUCUAUAAUGAAAAAGGGAUUGACGGAUAAUCUGCUUCUAAACACAGGAAAUAUCACUGAGGAGUCCAAAUAUUUGUUCAAGACCCACAUGUGUCCAGAAUGCAAGCGUUGCUUCAAAAAGCGGACACACUUGGUAGAACACCUUCACCUCCACUUCCCAGACCCCAGGCUGCAGUGCCCAAAUUGUCAGAAAUUCUUCACUAGCAAGAGCAAACUGAAGAUCCACAUGAUGCGUGAGACCGGAGAGAAAGCCCAUCACUGUCCAUUGUGUCACUACAGCUCUGUUGAGAAGAAUGCCCUCAACCGGCACAUGGCCAGCAUGCACGAGGGUAUCUCCAAUUUCUAUUCAGAUGUUUACUCUUGUCCUGUGUGCAAAGAGAAGUUUAAACUGAGCCAGACCCUCAAGGAACAUCUGAAGACCCACAAGACAGAGCCCAAACAACUGAGCUGCUUUCAGCCUGGCUGCAGUUAUGGCACCGAAGAUCGCAAGGAGUUUCUGAGACACGUCAAGGAGGUUCAUGAGAUCAAAGCAGUGGAGUGCAAGUAUUACGCCUGUUCUCUGCUUUUCCCCUCGACAGAGAUCAUGGAGAUCCAUCGUAAAACCCAUUAUGCCUUCCAUUGCCAACAGUGUGAUUUUAUUUGUUCCAACAAGCAUGUCUUCCGCAAGCAUAAAAAGCAAGGCCACCCAGGAAAUGAGGAGCUGCAGUGCAGCUUCUGCCCCUUUGCCACAUUUAACUCGGUGGAAUUUCAGGAUCAUGUUGGCAAGAUGCAUGCCAGUGAGAAGAUACAUAAAUGCACAGAAUGCGGCUUUGCCACCGCCCACAAGAGGGUCCUCAUCCGCCAUAUGCUUCUUCAUACAGGGGAGAAGCCUCACAAAUGCCAACUCUGCGACUUCACUUGCCGAGAUGUGAGCUAUCUUUCCAAGCAUAUGCUGACCCACUCGGACGAUAAGAACUACAUGUGUACAGAAUGUGGCUAUGUGACAAAGUGGAAGCACUACUUGAAUGUUCACAUGCGGAAGCACACGGGAGAUCUCAGGUACCAAUGUAACCAGUGUCCCUAUCGGUGCCAUCGGGCUGAUCAGCUGAGCAGCCACAAGUUGCGCCAUCAGGGCAAGUCUUUGAUUUGUGAGAUCUGUGGCUUUGCCUGCAAACGCAAAUAUGAGCUGCAGAAGCACAUGAAGUCCAAACAUUCCCAGGAUUAUCAGAUACCCACUUUUCAGUGUCAGUAUUGCAGCUACCAGACCAAGUACAAGCAAGCCCUCCUGAACCAUGAGAACUGCAAGCAUACCAAACAGAGAGAGUUCUGUUGUGCCCUGUGCACUUACCGUACUUUCAGCAACACUAGUCUCUUUUUCCAUAAACGCAAGGUUCACGGCUAUGUGCCUGGUGACAAAGGCUGGCAGGAGAACUAUGCCAGCAGAGAGCUAGAGGUUUCCUCUACUGAAGUGCUGUUUAGCUACAACCUUGCCAUGACUCUGCAUUCGGAGUCAAGUCUCUCUCUGCCUGGAAAAGAACCAUGUCAGGAUAAACCUAAGCUCCCUGCUUUGGAGGCAAAGGAAGAAAACUGCCACCAGAAGGCCCUGUGUUCAGAUGAAGGCAGCACUGUGACAGAAAGAGAAGAAUCAGUGGGAGAACAAGACUGUGAGAACACGGAAGUGGUUUCUUCCAAAGAUCUCUCUGGGAACGCAUCUUCUGAGAGUCCAGAGGAACUUGACAGGUCUGCUGAAGGUUGUAUCCUGCACUUAGAGCCCUUGUGUAACUCAGAACCCGCUCUGGAGCAGCUGUCCAAUGGGACGCCCGCGGCUUUGUCAGAGCAUGACAAAUUUCUAAACACCCAGGAAGUAGAAUCAGCUUAUCAAGUGUUGGGCUCCAAGGAUUCACUUAUCCUGGAGGAGAGCGAACCUACCCUUGAAGAUAUUCCUGAAUUUGAAGAAGAAGCGGAGAUCCAUGACGGUGCAGAUUUGGAGAAAAAUAACCGCUUUGAUACUGGCGGAAAUAGAGAAAGGUAUGCUCUUCAGAAUUUAAAGAACAGCGGUGGCGAUAGCCAGAAUGCUGAACCUUUGCAGACACCACUUAGUUCUGAGCAGAAUUUAGGGUACAAAGAAUCAGAGCCUUGGUCAGGGGCAUCAAAACAAGAUUCCCUCCAACUUGAUAGUAGCCCUGAAACUUCCCUUGCUCCGGAAGAUGCACUUUCUUCAGAAGAGGUGUCUCAGUCAGAAUCGGUGCUUAAAGCUCUAAGGAGGCAAGACAAAGAGCAGGCCGAAACCUUGGUCCUUGAAGGCAGAGUGCAAAUGUUGGUAGUCCAGUCCAAGAGCCAGGUCUUCAAAUGUGAGAAAUGUUCUUACAUCACCAGGAAGGAGAAGUCAAUGUUGGUGCACUGCAAAGCUGAUUGCCAAAGCAAGAAAUGCCCUUUGGUGUGCCAGGAGUGUGGGGCCAUCUUUAAGCAGCAGAGAGGACUGAAUACUCAUCUCCGGAAGAAAUGUCCAAUUCUAACGAAAAAGAACAGUGGAAAAGCAGCUCGCUUAGAGCAGCGUGAUGCUGUAUUGCCCUGCGGAAGGACUCUGGAAAGAACAGCAAUCAGAAAGAAGAAUAUAGGAAUCCUAGAUGAGGCAGAGGUAAACAACCUGCCAGAAGUUUCCUGGGACGCAGAACACAGGCCUGUUAAUGCUGAAUCUGUGCCUACUGUACUUCCUGAUGCACAGUCUUUGGCCCUCCACCCGCAGGACAAGUCAUCUCAUCACGACUCUGAAUCUGUGGUAGAAGAACCAUUGUCAGAGACUAUGACAGAUGCUGCCAGCUGUGUCUCAGAGAGAUAUGUCCUGGAACAAGGCAAGUUCCACUGUAAGUCCUGUUCCUUCCUCUGUUCAAGAGAAUCCACCAUCCGCUCUCAUGUAGAGGAUAGCUGCCGUGGCUUGGAGCAGUCCUGGUGUCUCCUGUGCUGUAAGCCUUUUCGUUCUAAGAGGGCACUUAAGAUCCACCAGUCAGAGGGACACGCUGAAGCUCUCCUCCCUAGCCUGCUUGAAAGGUCUAACAGCACCACAUCCCCAGGGGUUGUAGCCGAACAAAGAAAUGAACACAUCAGCUGUGAGGAAACCCCCCAGCAUUCUGAGCUGGCAGCAGUAAUACCUUCACCUCCAGUAGCCACCCAGAAGAGGCGCCACUUCUCCUGCCCUACCUGCCCUUUCACAUGCCACCAGGAACGAGCUCUGAAGACUCACAAAAAGCGUGGCUGCCUGAAGCUGGGGGAGUUUCGCUGUACACUGUGCCCUUUUACCUCCAAGGCUGCAGCAGCUCUACGACUCCACCGUAAGCUCCACCGGAAGUAUCUCAAAGCCCGGCCUCAGCUGACCUGCCGGCAGUGUGACUUCACCUGCAAGCAGGUGCGCUGCCUCCGCCAGCACGUCCGCAUCAAGCACGAAGGCGUGAAACCUCACAAGUGCCCUUACUGUGAUUUCAGCACUACCCGGCGUUACCGCUUGGAUGCGCACCAGUCCCUGCACACCGGUGUGGGCCGCAUUGCCUGUACCGCUUGUGGCCAAACGUUUGGCACCAAUUCCAAACUGCGCAUUCACCACUUGCGUGUCCACGAGAAGAAGCCCACCCACUUCUGCCCGUUCUGCGACUACAGUGGCUAUAUCCAGAAUGACAUCACUCGCCAUGUCAGUAGCUGCCAUCAAGGGGAGCUGAAUUUUGCCUGCUCCCGCUGCGAAGCUUGCUUCAGCUCAGAAACAGCCCUGAAGCAACAUACGCUGAGACAGCACGAAGAAAAGAUCUCCUAUUGCUGUCCUCGAUGUGCCUUUGUCUGCCACAGUGAGGCCACCCUCAAGUGCCAUGUCCAGAAGCAGCACCCACAUCUGGAAUGUGCCACCUGUAAGGAGACUCUGACUACUCGGGAGGAGUUGGAAGAGCAUAAGAAAGUCCACUUCAAUCACCGCUGUGACAUCUGUAAUUUUGCAGCCAAGGAACGGCAGCAGCUAGUGAGCCACUAUUUGGAGGCUCAUGAACCCUCUGUAGGUGUUGAACCGCCACUCAAAUGCAUGUUCUGUGACUUUGGUUGUCACCAUCAGCUGGUGUACGACCAUCACAUGAAAGGCCAUGGUGGCACCCGCAUCUAUAAAUGCGCUGACUGUGAAUACAGCACCAAGAACAAGCAGAAGAUCACAUGGCACAUCCGCAUCCAUACUGGGGAGAAACCUUACAAAUGCCAUCAAUGCCAGUAUGCCUGUGCCGACCCUUCACGCCUCAAGUAUCAUAUGCGUAUCCAUAAAGAGGAGCGAAAGUAUCUUUGCCCGGAAUGCGGCUACAAGUGCAAGUGGGUGAAUCAGCUGAAGUACCACAUGACAAAGCAUACAGGGAUCAAGCCAUACCAGUGUGAUGAGUGUAAGUACUGUACCAACCGUGCCGAUGCCCUGCGUAUUCACAAGGAGACACGACAUCGAGAGGCCCGUUCUUUCAUCUGCGAGCAAUGUGGGAAAGCCUUCAAGACUCGGUUCCUCCUCAAGACACAUCUAAAAAAGCACAGUGAAGAAAAGCCAUACAUCUGCAAUGUGUGUUACCGUGGUUUCCGGUGGGCGGCAGGCCUACGGCAUCACUAUCUCAUUCACACAAACGAACACCCUUUCUUCUGCCGCUUCUGCAGUUACAAGGCAAAGCAGAAGUUCCAAGUGAUAAAACAUUUACAGAAGCACCAUCCCCAGCAAGAAGAACUAGAAGGGGAUCUCAGCAAAGGAGUGGGCAAGGACCCAAGUAUUCUCAGUGUCCACCUGCAUGAUGUUCAGCUUGAGAUUUCCUCCUCCAAGCACCUAGAGGAGAGAGCGGCUCAAAUGUCUCCACAUGGCUGAGGGACUUGUACAUCAAGACUGCAUGGCUGUAGUUUCCAUGAGCCAGAACCAGGUGGAAUUUCUUACCCAGCAGUGUGUGAGGUCUGGUCUAAGAUGCUUGAUGUCUACUAGGGCGAUUACCACCUAUCUGUGCUCUCGUGUUGUUUAUAUUUAUCUCUAUAUAUGGGAUGUAAAAUAUGUGAUUAUAUAAAAGCUAUUUCCAUUGAUGGCAUGUAAUUCCUUGAUUUACAGAGUAGAGCAAGAAUGAUGGUGGUGAUAACACUUCUGGUGGUUUCUCCAUAAGGCCUUCAGCUCUGAGACAGUUUGGUUUAAGUUCAUAUACUCUAAAAAGCAUACUUUUUCAUACUUUUUGAAAUUGUUCAGACAGUUCCUCCAAAAUGUGAAUUACAGAUGCAUGCAAAUAACUCCAGAUGGAACUUCAUGUGCACAGAAUGCACUUUAUUAGCACACUGAUGAUGUUACCUAGUUUAGGUAAUGAAACAACCAAGCUCAAAGAACACCAAGGAUAACUUAAAAUCAUAAUUACACUAGCAACAGAGUAGGGAUGGAAGACAGGUUUUGAUAUUCCCAAGUGCUUGGAAACCUGCUAGUCUUGGAGCUUUGUAAAUAAUCCAGUUGCUUCAGCUUUUAAAUAAUGAGAUCAUUUGAUGAGUGCUCCUAGAGCAGGGGUGUCAAACUUGCGUCGUCACAAUGUUGUUGCAUGAUUUAUCGGGAUUUUCCCCCCCUCUUUGCUAAACCGGGCAGGGGCGGGGCCAGCACCUGACGCAUCCGGCCCGCGGACUGUGAGUUUGACACCCCUGUCCUAGAGGAUUUAUUGAGCCGCUGCUUUGCAGUACCUAGGUUAGCAAUUGCCUACCAGGUUGCCUCCCGGUUUCCAGAGAUUGUAUCAUCAAAAUUAAGUGGCAAAGUAACUGAAUGGUUACUUUGUAACUCAAUGGUACAAUGUUUCACUUGUGAUUUUUCAAAAUAUCUUUCAAAGUGGCCUGAUGGUUCUGUUUUUCAGACCCAUUUUUAUUUUAGUACAUGUUUUAAGAGUGGGAACAGGGGAGAGCCUCGAGGUGGAGUCGCCAUUCUACUCUUAAAUUCUGAAAAAAAGCAGCCUGUAAAAUGAAGAGUAAAAUAGAGCAGCUUUCUUACUAGUAGUCUUACACGGUCAAGAAAAUAUGGUCUCAUCCUUUCUGGUAAUAUCAUUUCAGUCUUCUAGAAGGAAGCAGAGUUUUGUCCCCUGAGAUAUUUCCUGCCAGGUGUUUUAGACAAGCAAAGAUUAAAUAGUGGCUGUAUU